CAAUUCGUUCACACAAACCCUCGAACCCAGAAAGAGAGAAAAAAAAUUCUCGGCUGCUUCUGUCGGCGGAGAAUAUGGCGGCCCAGAUGGAUCCGGACGCGGUGGCGAAGGCCUUCGUGGAGCACUACUACUCGACCUUCGACACGAACCGUGGCGGACUAGCGAAUCUCUACCAGGAUUCGUCCAUGCUCACCUUCGAAGGCCAGAAGAUCCAAGGCGUUCAGAGCAUCGUCUCCAAGCUCACUUCCCUUCCCUUUCAGCAAUGUCAACACCACAUCUCCACCGUAGAUUGCCAGCCGUCCGGUCCCGCCUCAGGCAUGCUCGUCUUCGUCUCCGGCAAUCUCCUCCUCGCCGGCGAGCAGCACCCCCUAAAGUUCAGCCAGAUGUUCCAUUUGAUGCCUUCACCACAAGGAAGCUUCUACGUGCAGAACGACAUAUUCAGGUUGAACUAUGCCUGAAACUGGAUCUGCUUUCUCGUGGAAACAGAGGAAUGUUCUUUUGUUUGAUCGCCACUACCAUGUACACUGAUUCAUUUGAUUAAAGGCAGAUGAUCAAUGGAUUGUGUGUUGUUGUUGUUUUUUGGGGAAAAAAAUAAUAUUAUGUACAAAUUUGAAAGGUAAUACACUGUUUUUAGAUAGCUAAUUUGUUAUGAA